UUCGGCUGACGCUACUUCCGUGUAAACAUUACCCAUCGGCCCCGUGGUUUGUGGGUCGUUUUUGCAGCUACAAGAGAAAAGCUCUUAGGUUUACAAAGUCAGCCAGGUUGGAUGGGAGGUAGGAUGCACCAAAGCUGAAGUGUCAUAACAAAGGGGUGGAGAUCCAGUCGUCGCUAUGGGUGAAAGAAAAGGAACAAACAAAUACUACCCUCCAGAUUUUGAUCCAGCCAAGCAUGGAUCCCUCAAUGGCUACCAUAAUACUCACGCACUGCGGGAGAGAGCCAGGAAACUGUCUCAGGGCAUCCUCAUUAUCAGGUUUGAGAUGCCCUACAACAUCUGGUGUGAUGGCUGCAAAAAUCACAUUGGCAUGGGGGUCCGUUACAAUGCUGAGAAGAAAAAAGUGGGGAAUUACUACACCACGCCAAUCUACAGGUUUAGGAUGAAGUGCCACCUGUGUGUCAACUACAUUGAGAUGCAGACAGAUCCGGCGACCUGUGACUAUGUGAUAGUGAGCGGUGCACGCAGGAAGGAGGAACGCUGGGACAUGGCUGAAAAUGAGCAGAUCCUCACCACAGAGCGGACAGAGAAGGAGAAGCUGGAGACAGAUCCAAUGUACAAGCUGGAUCAUGGUGGGAAAGACAAGGAGAAGCUCACAAAGGCUCUGCCGUCUCUGUCCGAGAUCCAGGACUACCAGUCUGGAUGGAAGGAUGACUUCCAUCUCAACAGCACCCUCCGCAGGAAGUUCAGGACGGAGAAGAAAGUUCUGGCUGAGCAAGAAGAGAAGGACAAUACAGUGAGGAUGAGGACCAACCUGUCUAUCCCACUGCUGCCAGAGAAGGAAGAGGACAAGAAACUGGCAGCACUGCUCACCUAUCAGGCACCUGACUCCUAUGAGGACAAGCAGCACAGCAAAAGGAAAGAGAUCUCGUCUCGUUCGUGGUUUCAGUCCACCUCAGCCACACCAGGGGGUGCUGCGGGAACUUUGCUCCAUAAGCUGGGCCUGCAGGGGAAGGAAGCAGCGGUGGCCAAAGCUCUUGGCUCCUCACACAGUCCGCUGGUCCGCAAACGCACAGGAGGACCGGGAAUCAAAAGCGAACCCAGCGCCACCUUCACCCACAGAAAGUCGGACCCUGAAGUCAACGCGUGUGAUGGAGAGAUUUCAGCGGUCACUCUGACAGUGGAAGAUGCUGAUAUAGCUGAUAGACCAACACCAUCGGGUCAGGAAGUAGCAGAGACACAUGGCAGUGUUAAAACCACAGAGGAUGUGGCUAAAGGACUGAUGAUGUCUGAGGACUUUGACAGAGAGAAGGAGCAGGACCCAAGCAGAGGAGCAGUCACAUCACUGGUGGCAGACUACAGCGACUCAGAUUGAGACCCUGGACAGUGAGAGCGCUCUCUAUGGAAAAGCCGAAUGGGACAGGUUCUGCUUUCACUGAACGAAGGCCAUAAAGUAAAACUAGGUGCAGAUGUUCAUCACAGCUGUAUCUGCUAUAACAUGUUUCACUUGUUGACAGACAGUGGUGAACUCAUAAAUCCAGUCACAUUAGAAAUCUUCUAAACAAAAACCAGAAAUCAGAUUUUUAAUUGUAAACACUGUGGCCUGCAGAACGCAGCGGUGAUGACAGGGUGACGUCACAGUGUUUUCAGGCAUUACACUGGCCUCGUGCAAACACAGCUUAAGAUAUUUGGUUUGAUUAAGUUUCUGUUUUCUAGUGACAGAAGUGUGAGAAUCCUUGUCAAAUUAAAUGUGAAAUCUGUUAAAACCUUUGUUUGUUGUUUUGAUGUGUUUGGGUUCAAGACCCAGCCCAGCUGUAGUGGAAUUUGUGAAUGGCCCCUUCACCAUUGGACACAGAUCUGGGAUCAGUGAAUAAGGCAGCCAUGUAGCAGAAACCGUUCUGAAAGAAAAUCAUUGCUGAUCAGGUUUUCCAUUAAGCAGUGGUUCAGAGUAAUGACCACAGUAAUCACUGGCA